AUGGAUUCUGGCUCGGGAGCCCGUCCUCCAAAACGGUACUGGUCUUCUUUCAUGGUAUGUAUGCAGGCCGACUCAAUCGUCGUCGUCAGCGCAAGGCUGAUUUCUAUCCCAGGGGGCGGGUUCGCCUUCCCUGCCAAUGAUGGCCAUCUCAAAUUUCUGAGCUCAAUCAUGGAUUCCAUGAGGAGUCGGGGUCGACCACUGUCGGUCCUCAUGGUGGACUAUCCAUUGACGCCUCUGGCGAACUUCCCCACCCAGUUCCAAGAGUCGGUCAGUGCAGUAAGAUACGUGGUGGAAACAUGCAACUACCAACCAUCCCAAAUCAUUCUUGGAGGAGACUCGGCAGGCGGAAACCUGGCUGCAUCCGUGAUCCUACACUGCCUCCAGCCAUCCGAGCAUGUGCUUCCUCUUCGUGUAGUUACACAAAAGAGCAAGUUCAAAGGACUGGUGCUGGUAUCUCCGUGGGUAUCGUUUGAUAUCACGCUAGCAAGCUUCACACGGGAACCUAAUAAGGACUAUAUCCAAGCCGAGUCAGAGAAGCGAUGGAGUGAUAUUUAUCUCAGUAAGGGCGAACCAUGCAUCUACAACGAACCGGGCCUCGCACCUGCCGCGCUGUGGAAGGACAUGCCUGUGCAGGACGUUCUCGUCACCGCGGGUGCCGAUGAAGCCCUCAUCGAUGGCAUUACCAAGUGGGUGGAGGUCCACAACACGAACGUUAUGUACAAUAUCGCGCAGCAUGAGCCCCACGAGGCUCCGAUCAUCUGGUCAGCAUUUGGGGACCAGCACGUGACGGAAACGGAACGGAAGGUGGAGGCGUGGCUGCAAUCCCUGUUUGAGAAGAUUCCAGAUGCCUAG